CUCACGAUGCAGAAAAAAUGGCAAGCCUUGAGACUAUAAGUAACGUUCGUCUCCCCGAAGUUCGAGAGUCCCUGAAUCAGAUGCCCUUACGUCUCAGACAGCAACACUAAGUCGAAAACACACCCGAUAUACCCUUCAUCAUGCGCUCUUCGUUCUUCGCGUCUGCGCUCGUCGCCGCCAUCCCGGCGACCGCCUUGACCCGCUCGCCACAGCCGGCCUUGACCAACGGCCAAUAUGUUGUUGGUGGUUACGGGUACACCAACCGAGCCAUCUUUGACUUCGCCGGCAGAACUUCCCUCCCCCAGGGUUUGUAUGCGAGCACUUGGCCUAUCGGUGACACUCACAAGUAUGACGCCUCCAACGUUGUUGUUGGAGGCGGCUACCUGAACUUGAAGGUCCCUGGCGGCCAGACUGCAAAGCCUUACAGCUCCGCCGAAGUCUCGACGACGUUUUCAAACAUCAAGUACGCUUCUGUUCGCACUGUCGCCAUCCUCAGCGAGCCGGCGGGCGUCUGCAAUGGCGCGUUCUUCUACAAGAACGAGACUCAAGAGACUGACAUCGAGUGGCUGUCCGACCCGGCCUCCCUCAGCAACCAGGGAACUCGGAAGCUCUGGUUCACCAACCAGGACGCCGACCUCAACGGCAUCAAGACAUACAACGCCGUGACGCCUCCUUCAAACCCCACCACGACCGAGCAUGAAUAUCGUCUUGACUGGACACCGGGCCGCGUCCGUUGGUUUGUCGACGGUGUCGAAAUCUGGACCACGACCGGCGACGUUCCCAGCACCACCGGCCCCUGGGUCUUCAACAACUGGUCCAACGGCGACCAGGGCUGGAGUGCCGGACCACCCGCCACACAGGCCGACUUCAAAAUCAAGGACAUUUACAUGUACUACAACACCGCUGCUGCGUGAUGCAGACACGAAAACUCAUGAGAUAAGUCUCUUCAAGAGAUCGGACGGUAUAUGUUGAAGGUUGAUGGCAAUUGUGACGAAUCUAUGAAGCAGUCAAUUUUUGUAAUCAUUCCUGUCCUUCCAGCAUGUGUUGAAAUCUUCCUCAACCAUGCGAUUGGUACUUUAAAGUUGAAUAUGCCACUGUCGUUUCUGUACAAAUAUCAAUGUGUUUUACC